CCCCCCAAAAAACGCUAAAAUUUACACAAAUGGUAACAAACCCCAUAAAAAAUACAUCCCCCUCAGAAUGAGCCUGUGAUGCUUAAAACUGCCUUCCAGCUAGGCAGCAUAGUAGGUUUAUAGAGACGCAGCCCGUCGUCUCGCUCACAGCCGGGAAUCUUCUUCGCUCUCCUCCUCUGGCUCGAGUCUGAUUUUCAGGGAGGAGCUGCAACUCUUGGGAAGAUAAGGAGACUCUGGUAAAGACGAAAACGACAGGACUGAAGAAGAGUUAAUUAUGGAUCCAGCAUCUCCCCCAGAACAGCUGUCACUUGUUCAUGAACAGGUGCAGAACGCAUUGGACAGAACAGUGACUGCAGCUGUAUGUCUACGCCGCUUCCUCUGUUACGGGUCGGAGGGUCCCACCUACACCACUAAAGAGCAUGCUCUGGGUAUUGAGAACGCCCUGUACCUCAUGCAGUUUAUUGAGGGUGGUCGGGGCUGUGAGGUGGUAGAAGAGGUCAGACGCUUGAAUUUGGAGGGUCACGUCGUCUGCUCCAAUCCCAGCCUCUUUGCUCUUGCUGUGUGCUCACAGCACGCAGACUGCAAGACCAAGCAGGCUUCCUUACGGGUGCUGAAGGAGCUGUGUCGAUCACCGGCGCAGCUCUUCGCAUUUGUGCAGUAUAAGAAGGAACUCAAAGAGGGAUCUGGGAUGUGGGGUCGGGCUCUGCGCAGGGCCGUGACGGAUUGGUACAAUAGUCAGGAUGGGAUGAGCUUGGCGCAGGCUGUGACAAAGUGCAAGCACAGGGUGGGCUGGUCACACAGGGACCUUCUCAGACUGUCCCACAUGAAGCCAACCAAUGACAGUGUUGGUCUUGUUUGCAAAUACAUCACGAAAGGCUGGAAAGCAGUUCAGGAGGCAUAUGGCGAUAAAGAAAACUCGGAGGAUCUUCAAAAGGUUUAUGCAUAUCUAGAGGCUGUGGAGAAAGCCAAGCACUCCACUGAUACUCUGGAGAUCAUCCAUCUUAUUGAGGCGCACCAGCUGGAGAAAGAGCAGAUACUUACCAACCACCUCAAGUCCAAAGAGGUAUGGAAAGCUUUGCUGAAAGAGAUGCCAGUGGUUGUUUUAAUGAAGAAUUUGGGGAAGUUGACAGCAGACAAGUUUCUGGCUCCAGGAAGUACAGAUGUUGCGGCUGUUUGUGAAAGGAUUCAAGAUGAGACGGCUUUGAAGAAGGCAAAAACUCACCCAUUCAACGUUCUCGUGGCAUCUGAAAACUAUAAACGGGGUCAUGGGAAGCGUGGCAAACUGAAAUGGGAGCCAGAAACAGAUAUUGUUGAAUCCCUGGAGUGUGCCUUUUGCAAAAGUAUUUCAACUGUGGAGCCCACAGGCAAGCGGUUUUUGGUGGCUGUCGAUGUAAGUUCCUCUCUGAGCAGCGUGGCCCAUGGUAGUUCCAUCAAUACUGUGGCAAUAGCAGCAGCAAUGUGCAUGGUAUUUGCACAGACAGAAGCAGACACACAGGUUGUGAACUUCUCUGAUGGGUCUUUGGUUCCCUGUGCUAUAUCAUCUGAUUUGACACUAAUGCAGGUUGCAACACAGUUCAUUAAGACACCUGGUGGUAGCACAGACUGUGCAUUACCCAUCACCUGGGCCUCAGAAAAUGAAAAAACUGUGGAUGUUUUCAUCAUUUUUACCAAUAAUCAAAUCUGUGGGAAGGAAAAUCCAGCAGAGACACUUAAGGCAUAUAGACAAAAAAGUGGAGUAUUUUCCAAACUUAUUGUGUGUGGAAUGAUAGCCAAAAGCCUGUCCAUCGCUGAGCCUGAAGACUGUGGCAUGUUGGACAUCUGUGGGUUUGACUCUCGAGCUGUCGAUGUCAUCCGUAACUUUGUACUUGAUGUCAUUUAAAGGGAUUCAUUUGUAGCAGAUAAUACUUUUUAAGAAGAAAUAAGAAGGCAUUGAAGGACCCCAAUCAACAGAAGAACAUGAAAAAAGACAUUUUGUUUUAAAUUUAAAGUUAUAUUUUAGGGUUUUUUAUGCCUUUAUUUGGAAAGUUCAGUAGAGAGAUGAAAGAAAAGUGUUGGGUGGAGAUCGGGAGGAGCAAAUUAGUGGAUUAUAAUUGUUUUACCUAUCUUAAUUCUGUUUUUUAACCUAGUCCAAUGAAGUAUUUGUGUUUUCCAAAAACAUAGAUUAAGCUUUUACAAGUCUAGUUUUUCAAAUCAAGUCAUUUGCUAUAUCAUAAGAGGCCUUUCUCAUUAUGUAUGAUUUCUUUAUAUGUAGCUACACGCUGAACUGAAAGUGCACAAGUAGUCUUCCACAGUGAAAUGUAACGCAAAAAAUUCAAUGAUGUGGAAAUCAGGAGAAAUCUGAUAUUUCCGAAAACCCAUGUAGCUUAAAUUACUAGACUUGUCUGUAAUUCUUUGAUGUUGAAAUACCUCAACUGUUUUAUGAAGGCUUAUAAUAACCUUGGAUUUUGAUUCAAGAAAACCUGACACUAAUGAUCUUGCUUUUUGCAUUUCUUGCAAGUGUAAAUCAAGUUUAUAUAGCUAAAGCUGCUAGGAUAAUAUUUAUGUAAAGAAAAUGUAGGCAAAACACUAACAAACAUCUAUAGAGAGUUACUACAAGUUGCUUUGAAAUACAACACUGAAUGUACUUGAAAAUUUGUGUAAAAUUAGAGAUAUAAUUGAGAUUUAAAUACAUUUAUAAAUAAUUAAUGCUGUGCUUUUUUAAAUAAAAUGAAUUGGAAAAGUG